CCAAAAGGUCAUGACCUGGCAGUCCGUCGACUGAAAGUCAGACUCCCCUCGAAACCCUACCUAUCCGAUUCGUCUCCCUCCAUGUCCCCAUCCAGUUAUUUCCAACAUCUCCGACGAUGUUGAGAGGACUGUUGGUCCUCCUAUUCGUCUCGAUAGGGGCCUACGCAGACCAUGCCCCCUACGAUCGAUCACCCGCCUUUGAGAACGGCACGUUAGGCCCGUGGCCGACCGAAGCAUACCGGUCUGCUCCCGUCAUCGGUCCAGCACUCAACCAGCUGCAAUACGACCCGCGGUGUCGCGAUGGACGGUCGACCCUGUUGGCCCCGCGGGGCUCCAGUGUCCGGAGCCCAGGUCCCAUGAUCCUUGAUCAGGAUGGGCAUCUCGCAUGGACGAGGAACUACGGGCUCACGGGGAAGAAUACCUAUAAUGUGAAUGUCUAUCCCUUCCGGGAUCAGGCGUACCUGACGUUCUGGGUGGGCGAUGACCGCAGUGGGAAGGGGGAAUACUAUAUGCUCAAUUCCUCCUACCUCGAGGAAUACAGAGUCCUCGGCGCCAACAACCUCACCGCGGAUCGAAACGAGUUCCAAAUCACCCCCGACGGAACCGCCAUUCUCACGGUUGUCGAUAUACAUGAACUGCCUGAUGUUGGCUGGAUCCGCGACGGGACCUUCCAGGAGGUCGAGGUCGCUACUGGAUCUCCACGCUUCCAAUGGCGCGCUUCGGACCACGUCGAGCCGGUCGGUCCCCGCAACGACCAGACGUCCCAAGAAAGUCCGCUGGAUCCCUACCACAUAAGUAGCGUCGACAAGGACACCAAGGGGAAUUACCUGGUAUCCCUGCUGUCGGCCAACAGCCUCGUUUAUGUCGACGGGCGUACAGGGAAGAUCAUCUGGACCCUUGGGGGAGGACAGGAUGUCAACGACUUUGAGGACCUGUCGGAAGGCGCAGCGACAAGCUUCUUCGCCCAGAGUCACGCGCAUUUUGUGGAUACCAGCACUGGCAGUUCCAUCGCUCUUUUCGAUAAUCACGUGGACGGUAGUGCGUCCUCGAGCAGCAGGGCGCUCUACCUCGACAUCGACCAGGAGAAAAUGACGGUUCGGCUUCGCAAAGAGUACCAUCCAAGCAAGCCCGGUCCGGUGACUCUCUUGGGAGGUUCUGUCCAGCUCCUCGAAGAGUACGGCCGCGUCCUGGUCAGCUACGGCGCCGGCGCCGGCCCAGCUUCAUGGACCGAACACGACGUCUCCACUGGUGAAGUGCUCUGCGACGUACACUUUGCACCAGCAUUCACCUCCACCGGUGCAGACGCCAGUAUAGAUGCGCCAUCAAUUGCUCUGGACCGCGUCGUCCGUCAGCACUGGACUGGCUAUCCGCCGACGCGGCCCGACCUCGCACUAUCAGGCCCGGAGGCGACUGUCAGCUGGAACGGCGCGACAGAGGUAACCACAUGGGUAGUCCAAGGAUGGAACGCAAACAAUGAGACCACCGCGCGGGCCGUCAACGGCGCGACCCUCGACGCGGGCGACAAAGAGCUAGGCUUCGUCACCGCAGAACAGCUCUACCGCUUCCGUUACCUCCGCGUCCUCGGGAUCAACGCCACAGGCCACACCCUAGGCUCCACAAAACUCGUCCGCUGGGACCCCCUAUCCCCAGAAACCACCCUGACCCCCGGCGGAGACCUCACCUACGCCGAGCUCGCCGAGAAAGGCGGGCGGGACGAAAUCCCCACCGACCCGUCUUCCUCAUCCUCAAUGAAAGCGCUCGAACGAUUCGCCUUCUUCGCACUGGGCUUCCUAACCGCCUGCAUCUCCGUCAUCUUCAUCUGGCUCCUCCUCACCCGGCGCUUCGUACCGCUCCUCGCCUUCGCCAUCUCCUUCUUUAUCGAGAGGAUCUACAACCGCGCGUGCGGUGGCUGGGCCGUCAUCGACGGGUACAACGGCGACGAGGACCUCACUGACGAGGAGAGUCCCGCUGACGACGCGACGCAGUUCGAGCUGCUGGGGAACCCGCGGUUGGCGUCGCUGGGAAGUUUCCGGCCGGGUGAGUUCGGGCGAGACUAUUAUGACAAUGAUGACGAUAGUGAUAGCGAUGAUGAUAUUGUUUGAUGGCGGGGGCUGGACCUGUCUAAGUCUUGUUGCUCAAGGGAUUUAUCAAGUGUUGGAUGUAAUGCUUAAUUGGGCUGUAUAUUAGUAUAUAUCAUU